AUGAGUUAAGAUUCUUUUCUUUGCGAUUAUAGUUUACCUUAGCUUGACAUUAUUUAAAAUGAAAACAUUGAGCUUAAAAAUUUAUUAAUUGAAGAUUUAGAGGAAGAAAAAGAUAAAAUAUAAAAUGAAACUAAAAACAUUCCUAAAAACAUAGGAGUCUUGGUUAAGAAUUACUUAAGUAUAUAAUUAUUUAAAUUCUUUUUAGAAAAAAAUCAUUAAAAAUAAUUGUAGUAUAAUUCAACCAUAAAAAAGUUUAUUCAUAAAGGGAAUUAAAGGAAAAAUUAUACUCGUAAAGAUUUUAAAAAUUUAUUGUAAAAUGCAGAAGCUAGAAAGAUAUGCUCACAAUAUUUUUGCAGUUUUCAAAUAAUUGAUGACAUACUUAAGUCGAAAAAGAUUGGGAAUAUGGAGAUUGUGUUGAAAUAUAUAAAGAAACUAUUUUUGGCUACAUUUGAUCCAGAGAUAUUAUCAACACUUAAGUAUUCAAAAAAUUGA